AUGUCGCUAAACUACAUGGGCAAUUCCUACUCAACACGAUUUCUAUUCUCUAUAUGUACCAAGCGACUCUACGCCAAAAAGAAACGGGGCUUUAUCUUGGAUGGGAUCUUCGAACACCUUGCGGAGGAACUUAGAGAUUUAUUCUACAAUGGCGUGACGCUGAAGCUGAACGGCGGAGAAGACAAGACGUUCUUUUUGGCCCUUAUUGGAAUUAAGGGUGAUUGGCCCAUACAGGCUCGUAUGGGGAAUCUUCAGCGGCACUUUUGUCGCAAAGGUGUUUACAAAGUCAGUGAAAAGAGUGGUUUCUGCCACUUGUGUCGUGCUGGGGAAGAAGGCUACAAUCCGAACGAUUACAGUGAACGUGCUGCUUGGAGGUCUACCUUUCUAAAGUUUCCUCCAUGGUCUUCGGAGGGUCCUUUCUGCAGGGUGCCGCAGUCGUCUGCGAAAGAGUUCAUGCACAAGUUUGACCUCUUCCACACGUUGCAUAAAGGAUGCUUCGCUGAGUUAGCUGGAAGCCCUGGGGACAUUCCAGUGCAGCUGACUGCGAUCUAUGAGAUGGCUUCGGAGUACUGCAAAUCGCAAAAUAUACCGUUGCACAUGGAUGCCUUGACACGGCAUCUGCUCAAGUUUUCAGGAGACGCUGAGAAUUGGUUUAAAGGGGCGGACACGACGGCGAUGUGUUGCUUCCUGGAAAACUUUUGGUCGAAUCAUAUCUCGAGUCUUGAUGCACCGGACGCCUACUUGAGCAGCAUGCUUGAUGCUCUGCGCUCCGCGAAUGCCUUCAUGCGCCUACUUUUCCGUUCUGGCCUCUGGCUUUCUUUGGACCGUUGCCGUGCAGUUGCUAAAGCCGGCCUGGGCUUUUUGAAAGCAUACCUUGAAGCGUCACACGCUGCAUACACCAUGCGGCGAACACGUUUUAAGGUAACCCCAAAAUUUCACGCGAUGAUCCAUAUAGUCGACACACUCGUUUGCGCGAGCAAUGCCAAGAGACAAUGGACGCUGUCGCCGCUUUCCGAGAGCACCCAAAUUGAUGAAGACUUCGUGGGGAGAAUCGCGUCGAUCACUACAUCCGUGGAUUCUCGUGUUGUCCAUAAGCAGACGCUGGAUCGCUACAAGACAAAUGUCUGGAAGCAUCUGACAGGAAGAAGUGAAAAAGAGUGA